GGAAAAUAAAAUGAGCACGCUGUGGUCUUGAACAUCAAUUUUUAUGUUUUUGGAGGACACAUUAAAAGUGCCAGAGUGACAGCCAGAAUGGCAUCCAGAGAGAGGCUCUUUGAACUUUGGAUGCUUUAUUGUACCAAGAAAGAUCCAGAUUACCUGAAGCUAUGGUUGGAAAAUUUUGUUUCUAGCUAUGAACAAUUCUUAGAUGUUGACUUUGAAAAGCUGCCUACCAGGGUAGAUGAUGUGCCUCCAGGAAUAUCUCUGCUUCCUGACAAUAUUCUGCAGGUUCUGAGGAUCCAGCUACUACACUGUGUUCAGAAAAUGGAAGAUGGGUUGGAGGAACAACAGCAAGCCUUAUCAGUUUUGCUUGUCAAAUUCUUCAUUAUUCUUUGCAGAAAUCUAUCUAAUGUGGAAGAAAUUGGGACUUGUUCUUACAUAAAUCAUGUCAUCACUAUGACAACACUUUAUAUCCAGCAAUUAAAAAGCAAAAAAAAAGAGAAGGAAUUGGCAGAUCAGACAUCUAUUGAAGAAUUUGUAAUCCAUGCAUUGGCAUUUUGUGAAAGUUUAUAUGAUCCAUAUCGGAAUUGGAGACAUAGAAUUUCAGGACGAAUCCUUAGUACAGUGGAAAAGAGCAGACAGAAAUAUAAGCCAGCUUCUCUCACUGUGGAGUUCGUCCCCUUCUUUUACCAGUGUUUUCAAGAAAGUGAACAUCUCAAGGAAAGCCUUAAGUGUUGCUUAUUGCAUCUCUUUGGAGCCAUUAUAGCUGGUGGGCAGAAGAAUGCUUUGCAAGCAAUUUCUCCAGCCACCAUGGAAGUUCUUAUGAGAGUUUUGGCAGAUUGUGAUUCUUGGGAGGACGGAAAUCCUGAAGAGGUGGGUAGGAAGGUAGAACUGACUCUGAAGUGCCUUACAGAAGUGGUGCAUAUCCUUCUCACGAGCAGCUCUGACCAGCGUCAAGUGGAAACCAGCACUCUUUUGGAGAACUAUUUCAAAUUGCUGAAUUCAGAUCAUUCAGCUUUACCUAAUCAAAGGAGGUCCAGAGAGUGGGAAAGCCGGUUUAUAGCUCUACAGAUAAAAAUGUUGAAUACCAUUACAGCCAUGUUAGAUUGCACAGAUAGGCCUGUUCUUCAAGCCAUUUUUCUUAACAGUAACUGCUUUGAACAUCUCAUACGACUGCUACAGAAUUGCAAGCUGUUUUUAAAUGCUAACAAUAAGGUGGCAGACAAGAACGAGAAAGACCUGGCCAACAAAUUACUGACAGAAAUAAAUGAGGACCAGGCAUUUCAGGGACAGUUGGAUUGUUUGGCUGUAUCAACCAUUCAGGCUUUGACAGCAGUAAUGAGCAAAUCUCCAGCUGCUAAGGAAGUAUUUAAAGAAAGAAUUGGUUAUGCACAUAUGUUUGAAGUAUUAAAGUCCCUGGGUCAGCCAUCACUGGAACUACUUAAAGAACUUAUGAAUAUGGCUGUAGAGGGUGACCACACUUCAGUUGGGAUUUUGGGCAUUAGUAAUGUCCAGCCUCUCUUGCUUCUUAUCCAGUGGCUUCCUGAGCUAGAAUCCCAAGACCUGCAGAUCUUCAUCUCUGACUGGCUGAAAAGAAUUUGUUGUAUUAAUAGGCAGAGUCGAACUACUUGUGUCAAUUCAAACAUGGGAAUUAGAAUCAUUGAAACCCUUGAUUCCCAUUCUUCCCUUCAUCGAACUUGUGCUGAGAACCUGAUUGCUCUCCAUGGUUCCUUGGGGAGUCAGUCAGUGAGCUCAGAAGAAAUCCGUCGACUACUAAGAUUGCUGAGAGUGGAUGAAUCUGAGUAUAUACACCCUUAUACUAUUCCUGUGACUCGAGCAAUCCUGACAAUGGCCCGAAAACAAAGUCUAGAGAGUGCACUGCAGUAUUUCAAUUUGUCACAUAGUAUGGCAGGAAUUUCUGUGCCUUCCAUACAGAAAUGGCCAGGGUCUGCCUUUUCUUUCAAUGCUUGGUUUUGCUUAGAUCAGGAUCAGUUGACUCUUGGCAAUGCUAACAAAGGAGGAAAAAGGAAACAGUUGUACAGCUUUUUUACAGGAAGUGGCAUGGGUUUUGAAGCCUUUAUUACCCAUUCAGGUAUGUUGGUUGUGGCUGUGUGCACAAAAAGAGAAUAUGCGACCGUUAUGCUUCCUGAUCACAGUUUCUGUGAUUCUCUCUGGCACAACAUAACCAUUGUUCACAUGCCUGGAAAAAGGCCCUUUGGUCAGAGCCUUGUCUAUAUCUACGAUAAUGGCCAGCAGAAGGUCUCUGCCCCUCUCAGAUUUCCUGCUAUGAAUGAACCUUUUAUUUCUUGCUGCAUUGGUUCAGCUGGGCAAAGAACCACUACUCCUCCACCAUCCCAAAUCCCAGAUCCACCUUUUUCUUCUCCCAUUACCCCUCAUCGGACAUCAUUUGGUGGAAUUCUGUCAUCAGCCUCCUGGGGAGGAACAAUUGAAAAGUCAAAAUUGAUGACCAAAUUGAUAUCUGCGGGAACCCAGGACAGUGAAUGGGGAUGUCCCACAUCUCUGGAGGGUCAGCUAGGAUCUGUUAUCAUCUUCUAUGAAGCAAUACAGCCUCCUCAGGUGAAGGCAUUAUAUUUAGCAGGUCCAAACUGUUUAAGCCCUUGGAAAUUUCAAGAGUCUGACAUGGCGGACCUGCCUGGUAAUGUCCUCCUUCAUUAUACUGCAAAGGCCUGCAAAAAUUCAAUCUGUCUUGAUUUAUCUACUAAUUGUUUGCAUGGAAGGUUAACAGGAAACAAAGUAGUAAACUGGGACAUUAAGGACAUCGUAAACUGCAUAGGUGGAUUAAAUGUACUCUUUCCUCUGUUGGAACAAAUUAGCCACUUCAGUGAAGAACAGAUUCCUGAAGGAAUAAAUGAAAUAACAGUUUCUGAAUUGAUAACACCUGUAGAAGGAGAUUGGGUGAUACCGACCUCCCCAAAGACAUCAGAGUCAAGACUAGAGAGAAGUUUAGUUGCAACAUUUAUCUUGAUUGUGAAACACUUGAUUCAAAGACAUCCUAUUAACCAGGACAAUCUUAUUCACUCCCAUGGAGUUGCCACUCUUGGUGCCUUACUUCAGAAGAUGCCAAGCAUCUUGAUGGAUGUUAAUGUAUUGAUGGCAAUUCAAUUACUAAUUGAACAAGUAUCAUUAGAGAAAAAUAUGCAGCUCUUGCAACAAAUGUAUCAGUAUUUACUUUUCGACUUUCAUAUUUGGAACCGUGGAGAUUUUCCCUUUAGAAUCGGUCAUAUACAGUACCUUUCCACCAUCAUCAAAGACAGCAGGAGAGUUUUCAGAAAGAAGUAUGGUGUGCAGUUUCUCCUAGAUACCCUCAGGAUUUAUUAUGGAAGUGAUUGUAAAUAUAGUGAGCUGUCUCUAGAUGAUAUUCGGGCAAUAAGGACUUCUUUGUAUGGACUAAUUAAAUAUUUUCUGUGCAAAGGUGGGACUCAUGAAGAGAUACAAAGUAUUAUGGGUUACAUAGCUGCUAUUAAUGAAGAAGAACAGCUCUUUGGAAUUUUGGAUAUACUCUUUAGUCUCCUGCGUACCAGCCCAACUAGAGGUCAGCUUUUCUUACUGCUGUUUGAACCAGGAAAUGCUGACAUACUUUAUGCCUUGCUCUUAAAUCAGAAGUACUCUGACAGACUAAGAGAAAUCAUUUUUAAGGUUAUGGAACAAAUGUUGAAAUGUACAAAUGUAUAUGAACGAAGUAAACAACGUAUUCGACUCAGAGAAGUUGGCUAUUCAGGAUUGGGACUCCUUCUAAAUGAAACACCUGUUAGUACUUCUCUCAUUAAAAACCUCAUCAAUCAAAUCAUAAAUACAGAUCCUGCUAUUAAUUUCAAAGAUCUGUUAUCUGUGGUAUAUAUAUCUCACAGAACAUACAUAAAUGUCAGGGUGGUCAUCUGCAGAAAGAUUUUACAGAUUUUACAGUCCCAGCCAGAUGCAGCACAUCAAAUUUCUCAACAAGUCGGUUGGCAAGACACUUUAGUUAGGCUUUUUGUUAAAGCAAAUUUUGAAAAUGGAAAUACUUUUCAUAAGCACAAUAGGGCUGUUUCAAUGAAAGACAAUGAUAAAAAUAUAUCAGCUGAAGAUAUCAAGAGGAACUUUGAUGAAAAGACAGACGAUGAAAAAAUCAACUCUUUUGCCUCAGCUAAUGUGUCUUCUGAUCAAUGGAGUUUGGAUGAUAGACACUCUUUAGAUUCAAACACACCAUUAUUUCAAGAAGAUAGCUCUGUGGGAGAAUUGUCUUUCAAAUCAGAGAAUCAGGAAGAAUUCUGGCACAGUAACCCUUCACAUUUGAGUUUAGAUCUUAGUGGAAUUGACUCAUGUGAACUGAGUGAUAGUGGCAGUCAAAUGCCAGAUAGCUUGCCUAGCACGCCAUCCCCAAUAGAGUCUACUAAAUCAUUUUCUGUGCAAUCUGACAAAGAAAGCAGCAUCACAAAUGAUACGGGCUUUUGUGAUGACUUCUCUUUACUUGAAAGCCAAGAGAGAUGUGAGGAAGAGCUUCUUCAAUUACUGACAAAUAUUUUGAUCUAUGUAAUGUGUAAAGGACUAGAAAAGUCUGAUGAUGAUACUUGGAUUGAACGGGGACAAGUGUUUUCGGCACUAACUAAAUCAGUAAUAUCCAGUGAGCUACUUCGACCAUCAGAUGAAAUAAAACUAAUUUUGCUGCAGAAGAUGUUAGAAUGGGCAGUCACAGAAAACAGAGAAGCAAAAACUAAUCCAGUUACUGCUGAAAAUGCCUUCCGACUCAUGCUGAUCAUACAGGACUUUCUGCAGUCAGAGGGACUAGUUAAUUCAAACACGUGGACUGAGAAGCUUUUAGAGGAUACGAUGCUGCUCUUCGACUGUCUGUCAGUGUGGUAUUCUGAAAGUCCAUUAUGGGGAAAACUCUCUCAAAUUCAAAUCCAGUUGCUUCUAGGAUUUAUUGGAAGGGGUAAUUUGCAGGUUUGUGCAGUGGCAUCAGCUAAGCUAAACACCCUUCUGCAGACCAAAGUGAUUGAAAGUCAGGAUGAAGCAUGCUAUAUUUUAGGGAAGCUAGAACAUGUUCUAAGUCAGUCAAUCAAGGAACAAACGGAAAUCUACUCAUUUCUGAUUCCCCUCGUCCGUACCCUGGUUUCCAAAAUUUAUGAGCUUCUCUUCAUGAACUUGCACCUGCCUUCCUUACCUUUCACCAAUGGUAGUUCCUCAUUUUUUGAAGAUUUUCAAGAAUAUUGCAGUUCAAGUGAAUGGCAAGUUUACAUUGAAAAAUAUAUUAUACCUUAUAUGAAGCAGUAUGAAACCCAUACAUUUUAUGAUGGUCAUGAGAACAUGGCGCUUUAUUGGAAGGAUUGUUAUGAAGCCUUAAUGGUGAAUAUGCAUAAAAGAGACCGGGAAGGAGGAGAAAGCAAGCUCAAGUUUCAGGAAUUUUUUGUGGAGCCAUUUAAUCGAAAAGCACGCCAAGAGAACUUGAGGUAUAAUAAUAUGCUUAAACAACUUAACACUCAACAGUUAGCCACUCUGAGACGCUGGAAGACAAUACAGAUCUAUCUUACAUGUGAAAGGGGACCUUGGGCUGAAAGGAAACAAAAUCCAAUUCACUGGAAACUAGCUAAUGUAGAAAAUUAUUCCCGUAUGAGACUUAAGUUGGUGCCAAAUUAUAAUUUCAAAACCCACGAUGAAGCUAGUGCUUUGAGAGAUAAUCUAGGUGUCCAGCCCUCACAGCCUUCCAGUGAUUCAUUGCUUUUGGAAGUAGUGAAACAAGUAAAAGUUAGUGAUAUGGAGGAAGAUAAGUUAGAUCUUUCUGAAGAGGAAAUAACAGCCAGAGUAAAUAUUGAUGAGAAUAAAGAACAGGAUCAAAAAGAAAAGUUGGUCUUCUCAGUAGACUGUGAACUCAUUACAAUAAUUGACAUAAUUCCUGGCAGAUUAGAAAUCACUACUCAACACAUUUACUUCUAUGAUGGCAGCAUUGAAAAAGAAGAUGGAGUAGGCUUUGAUUUCAAGUGGCCUCAUUCUCAAGUUCGAGAGAUUCACCUGCGGCGUUACAACUUAAGGAGGUCAGCCAUUGAGAUUUUUCAUGUUGACCAAUCCAACUACUUUCUUAACUUCAAAAAAGAGGUCAGAAACAAAGUAUAUAGCAGACUAUUGUCAUUUCAUUCUCCAAAUAGUUAUGGAACUAGAUCACCACAGGAGUUAUUCAAAGCAUCAGGAUUGACACAGAAAUGGGUGAAUAGAGAGAUAUCAAAUUUUGACUACCUCAUUCAAAUAAAUACAAUGGCAGGGCGAACCUAUAAUGACCUUGCACAGUAUCCCGUGUUCCCCUGGAUUUUACAAGAUUAUACUUCAGAAGAGUUGGACUUUAAUAACCCAUCUGUAUUUCGAGAUCUUUCCAAACCAAUUGGGGUUGUUAAUGAUAAAAAUGCCAAAGUCAUGCGAGAAAAAUAUGAAAAUUUUGAGGAUCCUAUGGGAACUAUUGAUAAAUUUCAUUAUGGUACUCACUAUUCAAAUUCUGCCGGGGUUAUGCACUAUCUUAUUCGUACAGAACCAUUCACUACCCUCCACAUCCAGCUUCAAAGUGGAAGGUUUGAUUGUGCAGAUCGACAGUUCCAUUCCAUCCCUGCUACCUGGCAGGCUCUCAUGGACAAUCCAAAUGAUGUGAAGGAACUGAUUCCUGAAUUCUUCUAUUUCCCAGAGUUCUUGGAAAAUCAAAAUCAAUUUAACCUGGGUCGUCUACAAGUUUCCAAAGAACUAGUAAAUGAUGUCAUUCUCCCCAAAUGGGCUAAGUCAGCUGAAGAUUUCAUCUAUAAACAUAGGAAAGCUCUGGAGUCUGAAUAUGUUUCUGCUCAUCUUCAUGAAUGGAUAGAUCUGAUUUUUGGCUAUAAACAGAGGGGGCCAGCUGCAGUGGAGGCGCUCAAUGUUUUCUAUUACUGUAGUUAUGAAGGAGCUGUGGAUUUAGAUGCCUUAACAGAUGAGAAGGAAAGAAAAGCCUUAGAAGGGAUGAUUAAUAAUUUUGGGCAAACACCUAGUCAACUGUUAAAAGAACCACACCCUCCUAGAUUAUCAGCCGAAGAAGCAAUGCAGAGGCAGACCAAAACCGAGACUUCAACCCUAAACCUAUUUCAGCACCUUCCUGAACUCAAGUCAUUUUUUAUAGAGGGAAUUAGUGAUGGUAUUCCACUAAUAAAGGCCAUUGUCCCCAAAAAUCAGUCUCGUUCUUUUAUGUCUCAAGGCAGUCCUGAGUUACUGAUAACAGUGAGCAUGAAUUAUGUUAUUGGAACCCAUGGAUGGCUGCCUUAUGACAGGAACAUUUCUAAUUACUUUACAUUUUUCAAGGAUCAAACUGUGACAAAUCCAAAAACUCAGCGUAGUCUGAAUGGUCCUUUUGCUCCGGGGCUGGAGAUCACUUCUAAGCUAUUUAUAGUGUCACAUGAUGCGAAGUUGCUUUUCAGUGCUGGACACUGGGAUAAUAGCAUUCAAGUGAUGUCACUUACAAAAGGCAAAAUUAUUUCACACAAUAUCAGACAUAUGGAUAUUGUGACUUGUUUAGCUACAGAUUACUGUGGAAUACAUUUGAUUUCUGGCUCCAGAGAUACUACAUGUAUGAUAUGGCAAAUAACACAACAGGGAGGUGUUCCUGUGGGUUUAGCAUCUAAACCCUUUCAGAUUCUUUAUGGACACACUGAUGAGGUAUUGAGUGUCGGCAUCAGCACUGAGCUUGACAUGGCAGUGUCAGGAUCAAGGGAUGGCACUGUGCUUAUACAUACAAUUCAGAAAGGUCAGUACUUGAGGACUUUACGACCACCUUGUGAGAGUUCUCUGCUCCUGACCAUUCCCAAUUUGGCCAUAUCUUGGGAAGGACAUAUUGUCAUCUACUCCAGCACUGAAGAAAAGACCACCCUCAAGGAUAAGAAUGCAUUGCAUCUGUUUUCUGUAAAUGGAAAGUGUCUAGGGUCUCAAGUCCUGAAGGAACAAGUAUCAGAUAUAUGCAUAAUUGGAGAACACAUCGUCAUGGGUAGUUUACAAGGGUUCCUGUCCAUAAGAGAUCUCCACAGUUUAAAUCCGAGUGUCACCCCAUUAUCCAUGAGAAUGCCUAUCCAUUGUGUUUCUGUAACCAAAGAAUACAGCCAUAUUCUGGUAGGAUUAGAAGAUGGCAAAUUGAUUAUAGUGGGUGUUGGCAAGCCAGCUGAGAUGCGUUCAGGUCAGCUUUCUCGAAAACUGUGGGGAUCUAGCAAGCGACUCAGCCAGAUUUCAUCUGGAGAAACUGAAUAUAAUACUCAAGAUUCCAACUGAUUGUUAUUUCCAUCUUCUCUCAUGGGUAACUGGAACUCGAUAUACUGCUUUGUCACUUUAACCACAUCUACCAACUAUCGGAAAUGUUUCAGGGUUUUACCCUGAAAAUCACUUAGGGAUUACCAAAAUUUGGUAUGGUAUGUGUAUAAAGAUGUCUGUUGUAUUAUUAUUCACGUUAAAAAUUUCUGGUUAACAUUAUUCUUUUUCAUUCUUGGCCUGCACUAUGGUAGAUUUUAGAAAAUUUACUUUAUUAUAUUUAAUGGUCCAUUCUAAUGAUCAUUAGUCCAUUUGGAAAAACAAACUUCUAAAAUGUUAAGAAGUUAUAUUUAAUAUGCUUAUUCUAAACAGCAAUAUUUAAGGUAUAUCUAAUAAAAGUACAAAUAAGACGGUUGAAAGAAAUGGCUUUUAAUAUAUUCUUUAAUAAUUUUCCUAUUUACUGUCCACCAUAUUUUUUAAAAAGUCAAUUUACUUGGAUCUCCUGAUUGGAAGUAAUAUUUUAAAGGUAUUUGUUUCAUACUUGUAUUUUCAAAACUCAGUAUAAAUUCCAGAUUUUCCUGAUAAGUUGAAGAUAGGUCUAUUGAAACUGGUACAUUGGUUCAUUCCACUACUACUAAGCACAUUACUAGUAAUAUUUUAUUAUUCUUCUUAAAUAAUAUUAUUAUUAUUAUUAUUAAAUAAUAAAGGUUGAGUAGGAAUAAGAGAAACUAGAGAUACAAAAUGCUGAUCGUGAUUUUGACAGUUGGAUCCUUACUGUAGAAACAUUUGCAGCACAAUUUAUAUCUUCAAAGUUCAAAAUUUCUUGACUUUUUCUUUACUAAGUGAAUACUCCUUUUUCCUCUGAUAAUUAGAAGAGUUAGCAAUAACCAAAUAUAUUACGUUUCUCAGUAGGUCUUCCACAUGAUAGAUGAAUGAAUGAAAAAGACAUGUAUAACUUAAACUAGUCAUUUAGAUAAUAGUAAUUUUUCAAGAUAUACAUUUCUAUUUCAUGUGGUGUGUGACUUUUAGAAUUACAAUUAUUUUUGUUAUGCAUAGCUAAAUGUUACAUUAUGCUUUAUUUAAGAUUUUAUAGUAAACGGUUGAUAGAUUUAUUUUGGAAUUCAAAAAGAAUGUUAAACCUAGUGUUUUUAUAAGGUCAUCUCUUGAGUUAGAUCAGAGAGCUUUUACAACUCUGAGUGUCCUUAAUUUGAGAUUCUAUGGGUUUGGGGGCACUUAUGAAUGAGAUUGUACGAAAAUUUUUUGUGUUAAUUGUAUUUUUUUCAGGAAUGAAUGGUUGCAUGCUCUCUUAAAGAGGUCUGUGGUCAGGAGAAAAAACAAAUAAUUUCUACACUAAUAGCUUCUUAAAAUAAGAAUGUUCUUUUUCAUUCCACAAAUCAUAAUUUCCUUAUAUCCAAUUGUCAUCUCAUUUGAAUCUUUAAAAAGUUUUCCCUUAGCAAUUCUUCUCUCCUGGUGCCCACAGUAUCUACUACCCUUUUCUUUAUAACUCUUUGAGUGCGUAAAAAUUUGUAAGAAGCAAAGGAUUCUGUGUAGGGAAGCUUUUUGAAUAGAUUUGAUCUUAGUCUCGACUAAUAAAAGGUUGUGUACUCGGAUAAUUUCUUCCUAUUUUAAUUCCUGUUUUAUUCAGUAAAAAAAAGUUCUGUUUUAGGUAAAUAACACUGAAAUAAAUUGGUGCAGCAACUGUAAAAUAGAACACAUGAAUGUAAAGGUUUCCUUUUUGAGGAAUUUUGGUGAAAAUGUCUCAAAAUAAGUCAAUAGAGAAUUACGAUUUUUUUUGAUACUUAGAAUCUAUUUUAAUUUUUAUCUUACAUUUUUAUGCGUUUUCAGGUUAGCAGAACUAACGUGAUUGCUUUUUGGUACUUUAAAUGCUGAUCUGUAAAAAAACUUUCGAAAUUAACACUUUAAAAUUGUUGUUCUACUUACUUAUCCAAAUAUUUUGGUAUAAGGAUGUCUUCUUUACUUUUAAGGUCUUGAAAGUGGUUUUGAAAAUUACUUUAGAUGCUUAUAAGUUACAAAAAGUUUAAUUUAGAUUACCAAGGGAAAAUUCCUAAAUUUAUGUUUUUUUACUUUGCUGCUUUUUAGAUGGAGGAACUGAACAAGGAGUACUCAUUUUAUAGCACAAGUAGGCAACUUUGUUCACAGUAAAAUAGAUAUCCUAUCUACACUGACAAAUGUGCAGAGCAGUGGAAUUAUACUUUAUAUUACUCUGUCCAAAAAGUAAAAACCCAAAAUGUAGAAUUUUGAAGUAAAUCUUUGAGAAUACUAGCAACAGUCUGGAGGAACAGAACUUAAAGUGAAUCUAUUAAAAUAAGCAAAUAUAGUAGAACCAUUAGUUGAAUAAUAUAUUUCUCCUUUAAACAGUUCAGUCCAGUGAAUUAAAAAUCACUAGAUAACACUAGCUGGUUUGGCUCAGAGGAUAGAGCAUUGGUCUGAGGACUGAAGGGUCCCAGGUUCAAUUCUGGUCAAGGGCACAUGCCCAGGUUUUGGGCUCAAUCCCCAGUAGGGGGCUUGCAGGAGGCGGCCAAUCAAUGAUUCUCAUCAUUGAUGUUUAUCUCUCCCUCUGCCUUCCUCUCUGAAAUCAAUAAAAAUAUAUUUUAAAAAUAAAAAUCACUAGAUAAUCACUGGAAAGACAUACUUUGGGAGAUUCUGGUGUAUUUAGAUGCUAUCUAUAUAAAUUAUUUCUAUAUUGUAUAGUGGGAGAUAUUUACAAUACCAUUAGAAUGGACUAACAGGUGGACAUUUCAGUUAAUGAAUAUAUUUUAACUUGGCUGUUAUAAAGUCUACAGAAGUUUUCAUUUGCUUUUGUUUCUUGACACUUGACAAUGGUAAUGAUGGAAAUAAAAUUCUCAGCAUCUAUUGAUGAGAGAUUUAUAGUAAGAUGAUGAUUUUACUUUUAGAAAGUGAAGUUGGGUAUAAAACAAUACCUGUGCUCACUUAGAGAAUAAAAAAGCUUUAUAAGCCUUUUUCCAAUUCUCCUCAAUUUGUACUGUCAUUUUCUUAAAAUUGGAGGUGAGAAGAUAAAAUAAUACGCCCCUUUUCAACUAGUCCCAGUUAGUAUUUUGUCAUUUGCUUAGUUAAAAUUAGAGGAGAGAGGAUAAAAUAGACCAUUACAUGAAAAUUAGGAAAGUAUAUGAAAAUGAAGCUUGGCCAGUUGGUUUAAAAUAUUUUAAGUGUGGACCAUGGCUGGUUGUUUAGUUCGUUAGAGUGUUGUCCUGGUAUGCCAAGGUUGUGGGUUUGAUGCCUGAUGAGGGCACAUACGAGAAUCAACCAAUGAGUGCAUAAAUAAAUGGAACACCAAAUUUCUCUCUCUCUCUCUCUCUCUAUCUAUCUAUCUCUCUCUCUCUCUCGCUCUCGCUCUCGCUCUCUCUUCUCUAAGAAAUAAUUAAAAAUAUUGUAAGCAUUUGAAGCUCAAUUUUCUUGAGGUCACAGUGCUUUUUUGUAGGAUACAUGCUUUUCUAAGAGAUAAAAUGCCAAUCAUUCACUUGUCAUUAGGAAGGAUCAUUAGUAAAGUUUUUUCCCCCCUAUGUAAAGCAUAUAAAUAUUCUUAAAGAGCUGUUACUAAAAAUCAGUUUUAUGCUUCUGCAGGAAUAAGUGUGUCCUCAUACUUAAUUAGAAUUUAGAAUUGAAAGUUGAAUCUUAACCUAAGAUUUUUUUUUAGAUACUACUUGAGUAAGAUAGGCAAAGAAAAUUUUAACUUGAAUGCCAGAUUUUUAUUUAUUUGCCCUUAAGUAUAUUUUAUAUUGUUACCACUGAAGAAAUCACUAAUGGAAAUCUUUUAAUUGAAUUUAAAGAGGUAAACUCCUUUUAUAUAUUUUAAAAAUGAGUAGCAUUAUCUAUAUCACCUUUCCAAGGAAAGAUGUACGUUUAUGGGAUAUAUUAUAUAAAAAUUAAAUACUAUCUUAUGUAAUAGUAUGAAUGGGGUGAAGGUUGAUCUCUUCAAAUACAUCAUUAAACUUGUCUUCCAUAAAUAAGUUCUUAAACCUGUCUUUAGGAUAGAGUUUUUGACAUAAGAAAUGAAAUAGAUUCUUUUUCUCUUCUGAAUCUAAUCUGUUUUCUUUUAUCGGCCAGACACAUAGCUUGUCCUAAUUACUUUUUCUGUCAUCAACUGAAACUGUUCAUUCCAAGUAAGUGACCAGUCUUAAGCAUUUUUAUCACUCUCUCAACCAAUACCAAUUCUCGUUAUUCUUUUGCCUAAUUCAUUUAUCAUAUAUAUUCAACAUUUGAUUUGUUUUAAACUUGACCACAUGUAUAACAGUGUUUUAGAGAGUUUUCCUUCAUCAGAGUCCUGGUGGUACUUUUUCUGAUGACAUUAGGCAGUGGCAGUUUAUUGUUAUCAGUCAUCAUUUCAAUGAUUAAAAUGUUGGCCACAACCUUCUUCUUUAAUUUGAAUCUAGCAUUUUCUAGGCCACUGUGUCUUUUCUCUUUUUCUUGUUAAUCCUCACCAAGGAUAUUUUUUCCAUUGAUUUUCAGAGAGAGUGGAGGGGAGUGGAAAGAGAGAGAGAGAGAGAGAGAGAGAGAGAGAGAGAGAGAGAGAUGAGAGGCACAUCAAUUGGUUGCCUCCUGCAAGGGAAUCAAACCUGCAACCCAGGAAAUUAUACCUGGGAACCAGACCUGGGACCCUCUGGUGCACGGGCCAAUCCUCUAACCACUGAGAAACACCUGUUAGGGCUCUUUUUCUUUAGUUCUCACCCAAGGAUAUACUUUUAUUGAUUUUUAGAGAGAAAAACAUUGAUCGGUUGCUUCCUGUACAUGCCUUAGCUGGGGAUCAAACUUACAACCUAGAUAUGUGCCCUGACUGGAAAUAGAACCUGCAACCUUUUGGUGUACAGGAUGACAUUCCAAUCAACUAAGCUUUUUUUUUUUUUUUUUUUUUUUUUUAAAUAUGUUUGUAUUGAUUUUUAGAGAGGGAGUAAAAGGGAUAGAGAAAAAAACAUCGAUUGGCUGUCUUCUGCACACCCACUACUAGGGAUCAAGCCACAACCUGGCCAUGUGCCCUGACCCAGAGUCCAGCCUGUGACCUCUUGGUUCAUGGGUCAACGCUCAACCACUUAGCCACACUGGCCUGAUUAGGCCACUGUUUCUUAAUUGAGAUUGCAAAUCAGACUUAUUGAGGUUUUAUAAAUGUACAGAAAUCUUGGCACUACUCUGGACUUUCUGAAUGACUUUACUUGAUCUUGAUAUAAAAUAAUGUCUCAGGAUUAUAUUAAAUCUUAAAAUACUUUAUUCUAUAGAAAUUCAUUUUUAUAAAUCAGAUCUAAUAUUCACAGGCUUAUUUGAGAAUAGUUUUACUCAUUAUCCUUAAAUGAGACAUUUUAUCUAGAAUUUGCUUGGAAUGGGUUCUUUGUAUUGCGUGCUAUAGAAACAACUAAAUUUCCUUUUUAGUUGCAUUAUUAUUAUAAGCCCUCUUCAUAUCUUUCAUAUUUGAAGCUUGUAACUAAUAGUUGCCCUCAAAAGUAUUCCUAGUGGCUGUCAGUGAAUACUUGCAUAUUUGAAUUAGGUAACAUUUCAAAGUUUUAAUAAAAAGCGUGAGUGACAAAAUAGAAUUAGACCUCUAUAACCUUGAAGCUCUAGUAAUCAAUAGAAUUUUCCUAAUUAAAAAGCAUUGAUAAAGUCCUUCCACAUCUGAUGACUUUGGCAAGUAUAGCUUCUAUAUGGAAGUAAUUUUUAAUUUUUCAUAUAAAAGUCCUAGUAUUACAGAAAAUAAAGCAUUAACAUUUAAGAUAUUUUGACCUAUAGUGGAAAUGAUUCAAUUUUCUACAUUAAUAAUAUAAAGCCAUGCUUGAUUAUGGGAUUUAAGUUAUUUUCUUCAAUUAAAGAACCUUGUAUAAAAGUGGCUACGUUAUCAAAUAUUUUUCUGGUACGUUAUAGUAAUUCUUCAAGACACAUCUUGGAUUAUCUCACAUUUGUCAUAUGUGGGUGAUUUCUAAAUACAUUGCAGGAUUUUGAUCUAUGAAAUUAAUGGUUUUAUUGAAAAAAGAGAUAUAACUGUAUUUACUUUUGUCUUAAUGUCUAUAAUCUUAUGAACUGAAAGUACAAAGGAAUAGAACAAGUAGAAAGUCACUAAUUUGUUUUCCAUGGUAUAGUUUUAAUAUGUUUCCUUGAAAACUUAUUUUGCAAAUAUUAUCAUUAUGAUAAUAACCAAAAAUUUGUCACUGAAAGAAUUACCCAUUUCUCAUUUUUCACCUUUGACUGUUAGUGAAGUUUUAUGUGUGUGUGUGUGUGUGUGUGUGUGUGUAUUUUCACUUAAAAUAUAGCUGUCGCAUUAUUUUUAUUUAUAACUAUUUUUGAGUAUAGAAAGUGAUUAACUAUUAGUAAUAUUUUUCAAUGUCAUGUUGUAAUUUGAGAAUAGAAGAGGUUAGGAGUUAGGUGAAAUUGGAAAAUAAAAUUAUAUUUUGAUUAAAAUCUAACUUUUUUUAAAAAGUCUUAAUCAAAUUGAACCUUUUAAAAUUUUAUUUUGGUAAUAACAUAUUUCAAUUUAAUUUGUAUUAAAACUAGAGGUUCUCUGGUAGCCAGUAUAUUAAUUAUUGUUAAAAUGCUAUUUUUGAUGUUCCUUCUCUUGGAAAUAUUUUGCAAUAUUCUAUUAGCAAUGUGUUUGAAGACUUAGUGGGCUCACCUACAAAUUCAACAGAUAUUUUGCAUUUUGAAGGGAAAAAUUUAUCUGAGAUAGACAUUAUUUUGCUCUUCAGAUUGUUAAAAUUAUAUUAAUGAACACUUUAGAAACUGGUUCUGGUAAGGAAAUACCAGUUUCAGACUUAACUGAAAAGAAUUUUAACCUCUUAGUUUCUUAUUUAGGGAUUACAGAGAAUUCACUAUUUCUUCCUUUGGGAUUUUGAUUGCUUUUCUUGGAUAACUUUUAAAUUAUUUAAUUAUAAUAGUUUCUAUACUUUUCCAAAAAUUUCUGGCAUAUUAUAGAUCUUACUGUUUAAAAUCUUUUCUAUUUUAGACUUCUUUUCUUAUUCUGCUUUAUUACUGCUUUCUGUGAUUCAUAUAUACCAUAACCAAAAUUUUGUGUGGCUACUGUUUGUUUUAUAGUUAGCUUUACAUAAGAAAAAUUGUUAGUAAAUUAUAGGGUUGGUCUGUUCUCUUCAGAACUCCCAACAGGUGUGGCUUUUCUUCCCCCAACUGUUUGCUUUUCAAGACUUGGAGGAAAAUUGUUGUAGAAGUGCAUCCAUUAAGACAGAAAACUAUUUGUCUUUCAUGUCAGUUUUUUGGGACCCAGAUUAAAUGGAAGCAUUUCAGUGUUUUCAUACAUGGUGACAGUGACUUGAAUAUGUGUGUGUAUAUACAUCAUGCACACCGUCAUUUCAGAGGAGGAUAACUGAAAAUCUGAAAUUACAUUUUAAAAAAACUUGGAAUUUGUGCUGCUAUUUAAAUAUUUAAUUCAAAAAGUUAUAUAGUUAGCAUAAAAGUUCCUUCUCAUUUUUUCUACUGGAAUGGACCAUGGAAAAGAAUAUUAAGCCUUAUUUAUAUCUAAUUAUUGACUGUGCAAACUGUGACUCAAUGAAUAUUUGUAUGCCAAAAAAAGGUUUUAAAGUUGAGAAAGUUUUAAACAUAAUAAAGAUGUGUAAAUAAUUUUGAUUAAUAGUCUCAUUAUAAUGAAGUUACUGUUAAUUUGGUGCAAUACAUUCUUCCCUUCCUCAUCCUUUUAAAUUUAAAUAUAUAAGAUGUAUGUUUUGUUUUGUUAUAUCAAUGCUGUUUUAAAAUUUUUCAGUGUGUAUAUGAGCUAAUGUUUUAUUUGUUUCUGUAUAGCAUGAUUGAAGAUAAUUGAAAAUUUUGCACUUUUUUGUAGUCCUUUGGAAAUUUGUAUUCUAAAAGUUUUUAAGAAUGUACAUUUAUUUUGUAUAUAGUUAGCUUUGUACGUGAAAAUGGAUUUGAAUCAAAUUAAAAGACGAUGUUACUUUCUUUGA